AUGCAAAGAAUAAGGAACACAAAGAACCCAACCCGUGAAUUGUGGCUCGAGCGCCUAGGGUCGGCGUUAAGGACCAUUCUGGCCUGCUCCAUAGUUGGCUGCACCACCCUCUACGGACCGGUUACCCUCCAACGCUUGCUAGCAUAUCCAGCUUUCUCUUACGUUACAACUGUUCUAAUUGUCUCAGACGCGACACUUGGUGACACCCUAAAAGGCUUUUGGCAUGCUUUCUACGCUACACUUCAGGUUACGAUCCUCUCGACACUCGGCUUGUGGCUGGUCGGGCCUGCCCGGUUUACUAGCGGCCUGGCGGCGGCGGCGGUGGCGCUCAGUGCUUUUGCGGUGGCAUUGCCGGAGUCGACACACUUGAUGACUAAAAGAUUAGCCUUUGGGGAGAUUGUGAUCGUGUACGUGGGGGUAGCAAUCCAAGGGGUGGAAACUGAAGUCAUUGAGCACCUCAUUCGUGUGGCAUCAAGCGCUGCUCUCGGAGCCAUGGCUUCUGUUCUAGCUAUGUUCUUUCCAUACCCUCGGCUGGCCUACAAUGAGGUGAGGAAAACAUGCCAAUUAUAUGCUGAAAAUGCUUCGAAGAGGUUAGGGAACUUGGCGGAGGCCUUUUUCGCCCCAGACAACUCAAUUGCCUCUGACUUUGUCUCCCAAGCAAAUUCCCUUUCUGAAGCAGGAUCUAAAUGUGAACCAUCUAAGCUUUUGGUUGUUCAAAUAGCUAAAACUCACAUCCUUCCUAUGCCAGGACGGCAUGUUGUGGGAGAGACCUUGGUUACCAUUCUUCAGAGCCAAUUGCAUGAACCUAGGAGAACAGUUGCAAGAAAUGGAAAUACCAAUAAGAGGGAUGGAAAUUGCACUAACUUCUUGUCAGUCCUUCCCUACGCGACGCUUGAUGACACCCUAAGAGGCUUUUGGCAUGCUUUCUACGCUACACUUCAGGUUACAAUCCUCUCGGCACUCGGCUUGUGGCUGGUUGGGCCUGCCCGGUUUACUAACGGCCUGGCGGCGGCUGCGGUGGCGCUCAGCACUUUUGCGGUGGCAUUGCCGGAGUCAACACACUUGAUGACUAAAAGAUUAGCGUUUGGGGAGAUUGUGAUCGUGUACGUGGGGGUAGUAAUCCAAGGGGCGGAAACUAAAGUCAUUGAGCACCUCAUUCGUGUGGCAUCAAGCGUGGCUCUCGGAGCCAUGGCUUCGGUUCUAGCUAUGUUCUUUCCAUACCCUCGGCUGGCCUACAAUGAGGUGAGGAAAACAUGCCAAUUAUAUGCUGAAAAUGCUUCGAAGAGGUUAGGGAACUUGGCGGAGGCCUUUUUCGCCCCAGACAACUCAAUUGCCUCUGACUUUGUCUCCCAAGCAAAUUCCCUUUCUGAAGCAGGAUCUAAGUUUAUUAUAAGCAUACAAAAAAAUAUGGACGGCAUGUUGUGGGAGAGACCUUGGUUACCAUUCUUCAGAGCCAAUUGCAUGAACCUAGGAGAACAGUUGCAAGAAAUGGAAAUACCAAUAAGAGGGAUGGAAAUUGCACUAACUUCUUGUCAGUCCUUCCCUGUAAGCAUCAAAGGUGAAGAAGAGCUAAGAAAUGUCUUGCAAAGUUUGACAGAACAAAUGGGAAAACUAGAGCAAGCCAAGUGUUAUGUGCCGUUUGGUGCAAUAGCAGCCCAAGAAAGAGCAAUAAAUUUUUCAGAAAAAUUCAAUCGGAACCUUGAAAACAUUUCGAUAACCCCUGAAGACCUACCAGCUUCAUUCUUCAUCUAUUGCACAGAACUCUUAAACAACUUACUCAUUCCCCAAAAUCCGAAUUGCAUUAUGGAAAUUGACUCUCAAAAGAACAACAAUGAAGAAUCGAGUCAUUCAGACAAACAAGCCCAUUAUAUCUUCCAGAGGACCUGGAGACUUUUGAACUUAAGGCCAACCAGCCAGAAUUUGGUAUUUGCAUUCAAGUGCUCAGUUUCUUUAGGUCUCGCCGUGCUAAUUGGUCUCAUAUAUAACAUAGAAAAUGGAUACUGGUCAGGACUCACAAUUGCCAUUACUUUUGAAACGGGACGACAUGCAGCGUUUUCAGUUGCCAAUGCUCGAGCACAAGGGACAGCAAUGGGAUCGGUGUAUGGAAUCCUCUGUUGCUUUAUUUUGCAAAAUCAUGUGGGUUUUCGACUUUUACCUCUUCUUCCUUGGAUCAUCUUUACCAGUUUCCUGAGGCAUAGCCGGAUGUAUGGCCAAGCCGGUGGGAUUUCAGCAGUUAUAGGAGCAUUGUUGAUAUUGGGUAGGAAAAAUUAUGGCCCUCCUGGCGAGUUUUCGAUUGCUAGAAUCACAGAGGCAUCAAUUGGGUUAAUUUGUUUCAUAAUGGUAGAAAUACUUGUGCACCCCGUACGAGCAGCAACUCUGGCCAAAACUAAACUGUCAACAAGCUUUGGGGCACUUCAUGGGUGUUUCAAGGACAAGGUUCUUCACGCCAAGCAGAACAUGCGCUAUUCAAUUUUUCCCGCAAUGAGAGAAAAGCACAAGAAGCUAAGAGCCCAAGUCAAUGAACUAGAGAAGCUGAUCACAGAAGCAGAGUCGGAACCAAAUUUCUGGUUCUCGUCUUUCCCCUGUGAUUCUUACAAAAAGCUCCUAGGACCCUUAUUAAAAAUGGGGGAUCUUUUACUCUUUGCGAGUUAUACAAUAGAAUUUCUCUCACAAGUAUCAUCGCGGGCUGGAGUUUCUUUGGAGGAGCUCCAAGAACACAUUAGUAAUGAUUUAGAGCUUUUCAAGAAAGAAGUUGGCUCUACAUUAAAAUGCCUGGAACAGGUUACUUCAAUCAAGUCUCUUGCAGCACUUGAAAAAAAAUUGCAGAAGAAAAACGCAUCAAAUGACAUUGAGUUGGGAAAAUCAACAAAUGCAAAUCCAUUCAGGGUUUCAAGUGCAGAUGAAGAAGAGGUUGAGAACAUUGUAAGCUCCUUUCUCCGACAUUCAAGGAAAGUGGCUGACAAAAUGUAUACCAGCGAAGGUGAGGACAAGCUCAAAAACAAAAUGGUUCUUUGUCUAUGUGGCCUAGGGUUCAGCAUCAAUACUCUGAUGAAAGAGACCAUGAAGAUCGAGAAAGAAGUAAAAGAACUAGUCAAAUGGGAGAAUCCUUCAAGCCACAUAAAUUUGUAUGAAAUUUCCUGUAAAGUUAAUACUCUGCAUACAUAA